AUGUUUUUCAUCGAUUGCCCCCACGGCGGAGGGAAUAAAGCCAACUCGAUCGGUGGAGAAAAGUUAACUUUGUCGUGCCCCGUGGUGGGAAAUUUUUCCCUUCAGACUCGCAAAGCCCUCCCGCUUUUCCCACCCUCCCGCCCCCGGGACCGCCCGGGCGCUCCUCAGCCUCGGCGGCCCGGGACCGGCAGCGCCCGAACAAUGACGCCGGGGGGGAGGGAAAGUUCGCCAGCCCGCGGGGCGCCGGGGCUCACCGGGGGCCUCACCGCCGCCGCCCGCACCGCCCGUCCCCCCGUCUCCGGGACUCGCUUCUUCCCGCCCCUCGAGAUCGAAACAGCCAGGGCGCGCCCCCGCUCCCCAGAGCAUCCGGCCUCAGGCGGCCCCGCACGGCAGGUCCUCCCGCCGCAGGGUCUGGCCCCGGGAGCCCCACGAGCAGGCAGAGGACCGGGAGGGAGGGGCGCCAGGAGGGGGCACCGGAGGGAACGGCCGCAACAGUUAUGGCGCUCAAUUCCUGCCCGAGCAGAGCCGCCGCCGAGCCCGGCCGGCAGCCGCCCCCCCCCACCCCCGCCUCCAACGCCCCCCCGCUCCGAGCCGGCCACCCGGCGCUGCCCGGGUCGGCUGAGGGGCCGCCGGGCACUUCGCCGCAAGCCCACACGCGCUCUCGGCCCCCAGGCGCUGGGGACACCGGAGGCCACCGCGGUGUGGAGCCGGAGCGACCCGGAGCGCGGCGAGGCUGGGCCGGGACGUUGCGCUCCGCGGCGUCCGUUUCCACUCCCCGAGGCCGCCACUCCCGCUGCCCACCCGACGCAACGCCCCCAAGCCCGCUCGCCCCGCGUCCAGCCUCAGCGGCGCCUACCUUCGCGCAGCUCGGUCGCCGCUCCUCCCCUGCUCCACGCUCGGGCCCGGCAACGUGCCGGGCGAGUCCGGCCGGGGUGGUCACCGCCCCCUGAACCGCUCGCUUUCUUCUCUCCCCUCCCUCGCACCUGCCCCCGAAUCUCCUCCCCACCCCCGCCUCCCGCCCCUCCGCCGGGGCCGCCCCCGCGCCGCAGCUCCCGCCCUCGGGCCCUCGCCAGCCCGCCCGCCCGCCCGGCCGGCCCGUCAGGCCUCAGCGCUGGGCAGGCGGUUGGGCGGCGGCGGCGGCGGCAGCGGAGGCGGCGGCGGCUGAAGCGGCGCGGAGCACUAUUGUAUUCCUGA